GGUAAUCAGAAGCGGCGAAGGCAGGCGAGGAGAAGAAGCGCAAGCGGCGAACGCGGAGGAGACGCAAUGUGAAAUCCUGCGAGGCCCGGGAGGGCUAGACGGCGACCCCGCCUGCAUCCGUGACGAGAGAAGGUUCACUAUGAAGCAAGGUGGAUGGAGAAAACGAGCCAGUGAUAGAGAUGGCUGGGGGGCAUGGGGAGGAUAUAUGUCUGCCAAAGUCCAGAAAUUGGAGAAUCAGUUUCAUUCAGAGGCAGCUCUGCAACAUCAGAAAGAUGAAAAUUCAUCCAGCAUUUUCAGUGGAGUUGCCAUCUUUGUCAAUGGCUUCACAGAUCCUUCUGCUGAUGAAUUGAGGCGGCUAAUGAUGUUGCAUGGAGGACAAUAUCAUGUAUACUAUUCUAGAUCCAAAACAACGCACAUUAUUGCUACAAAUCUUCCAAAUGCCAAAAUAAAGGAACUGAAGGGAGAAAAAGUAGUUCGACCAGAUUGGAUAAUAGAUAGCAUAAAGGCUGGACGACUCCUUUCAUAUAUUCCUUAUCAGCUUUACACAAAACAGACAAGUAUUCAGAAAGGCCUCUGGUUUAAUACUAUAUGCAAGCCUGAAGAUUCAGUUCCAGGUCCUAGCAAUAUCUCUGUGGGACUCAACAGGGUAAAUAGUCUUGUAAAGAAGCAUGAAGUAGAGAAUGAAAUGAAAACAAAUGGAGUGAGUAAAUCAAAGAAAGAAGCUGAAACUACAAGAUUCCUGGAGCAAGCUCUUUCCAGAAGCAAGCAGAAUGGAAUACAUCAGAAAGACAACUUUUCCAUUUUUAAUGGACAUAGUCAUAGUUCCAACAGUGCCUUAAAGAUGCAGGAUGGUUUGCUACACUUUGACAAAAAUGUUAUAAGUAGACUGUCUCCUCUGCAUGAAGAAGUAAAAGAAAGCACUGAUUUUAGAGACUGUUCUACGCAGCAUUUGCAACAAAGCAACAGAAACACUGAACUUUUAAGAAAUGUGCACAGGACUAUGAGUCAUUCAUCUUUUUCAUCUUUGCACAGUAAUAUUAAAAUAAAUGGUGCUCAUCACUAUACUGUUCAGGGGCCUUCAAGCACAAAAAGCACUAUUUCAGUACCUGAUCCUAAUAAGGAAGAUUAUUCACCUUUGUGCAAACCUUCUAAUGGCAAUUUCAUUUCAGAUUUUUAUUCUCAUUCAAGAUUGCAUCAUAUAUCUACCUGGAAAUGUGAAUUUACAGAGUUUAUCAACACACUACAGAAACAAAAUAAUGCUAGCUUCCCAGGAAGAGAAAAGUUGAAAAAAAAUAAAGCAGGACAAUCUACAAUAAAUAAAGCUGACUUAGAUAAUACAUUCUUUUUGAAUUCAGCCAAACAUCAGUGUUGCAUAAUGCAUGUGGAUAUGGACUGCUUCUUUGUAUCAGUUGGUAUCCGAGAUAAACCAGAUCUAAAAGGAAAACCAGUGGCUGUUACAAGUAACCGAGGAUCAGGAAAAGCAUUGUUACGUCCUGGUGCAAAUCCACAACUGGAAAGGCAAUAUUAUCUGAAUAAAUUGUUGAAAGGCAGAACAGAAAUUGAUGAUGCUGACUCAACAGAUGAUGAUAAUCAAGAUUCUGCUGAAUUGAAUAAAAGUGAUUUUGAUAUUUCUGUGUCAUCAAUGGCAGAAAUUGCAUCUUGCAGUUAUGAAGCCAGGCAAGCUGGUAUAAAGAAUGGAAUGUUUUUUGGACAAGCAAAACAGUUGUGCCCAAAUCUUCAAGCUGUUUCCUAUGACUUUCAUGCAUACAAAGAAGUUGCACAAACUAUGUAUGAAACAUUGGCAAGCUAUACUCAUAACAUUGAAGCUGUCAGUUGUGAUGAAGCACUAGUAGAUACCACUGAAAUUCUUGCAGAUACUGGGUUGACAUCAGAGGAGCUAGCAAAUGUUAUUCGUGCAGAAAUAAAAAACAAGACCAAAUGUCCUGCUUCAAUUGGAAUAGGUUCAAAUAUUUUACUGGCCAGACUGGCAACUCGCCAAGCAAAACCUGAUGGGCAGUAUCAUUUAAAGCCUGAAGAAGUAGAUGAUUUUAUCAGGAGCCAGCUAAUUAUACAUCUUCCAGGAGUUGGAAGAACAAUGGAAUCUAAGCUAUCAUCUAUGGGGCUAAAAACUUGUGGAGAUCUACAGUGUAUCACAAUGUCAAAGCUUCAGAAAGAGUUUGGACCAAAAACUGGACAAAUGCUGUAUAGAUUCUGCCGUGGUUUGGAUGAUAGGCCAAUUCAGAGAGAGAAAAUAAGAAAAUCUGUUUCAGCUGAGAUCAAUUAUGGUAUAAGAUUUUCGCAGGCAAAAGAAGCAGAAGCUUUCCUUCUGAGUCUUUCAGAAGAGAUCCAGCGAAGGUUGGAAGCAGUUGGUAUGAAAGGAAGACGACUAACUCUCAAAGUCAUGAUCAGGAAAGCUGGAGCCCCAGUAGAACCUGCAAAAUUUGGAGGGCAUGGAAUUUGUGACAGUGUUGCCAGGACUGUGACUCUCAACCAUGCAACAGAUAAUGCCAGAGUGAUUGGGAAAGAAAUAAUAAAUAUGUUUCACACAAUGAAGUUGAAUAUUUCUGAUAUGAGAGGGGUUGGAAUUCAAGUGCAUCAGCUAGUUCCAGUUAAUAAAACAAUUUCCAUGUCUUCCUCUAACACUUCAUUACCUUCUGGGUUCUUGCCUGGCGGAGCUGAUUCAAUUAUUGAUUUUUUGCAAGUUCCAAAAGUUGUGAAGAAGUCCAAGAAUAAAGAAGAAGAACGCAAGGAAGUGUUUUUGGCUGCUGUGGAUGUUGAAAUAUCUUCUACAUCAAAAGCAUGCACAGAGUUACCAUCACAAGCAACUGAACUCCAUCACAUUACCAGCAAAUCUGAGCCUAAUACCAGUUUGAAUGGCUUAUAUCCACCAAUCAGUAUAAAAUCUAGGCUUAAUUUAAGUAUUGAAGUGCCAUCAGCUUCCCAGCUUGAUCAGUCUGUUUUGGAAGCACUGCCUUCUGAUCUUCGGGAACAAAUAGAACAUGCAUAUUCUCUUCAACUAAUAGAUGCACAUGAUAAUAGCAAGAAGGAACCAAUAAAUGGAUACAAUACUAGCUUUCCAUCCCAGCCUGCUGGAACCGUUCUAUUACAGAUGCCAGAUCAGAAAGAAUCAAGCAGUAAUGCUGGGAUUAAUAUAAUAGCACUUCCAGCAUUUUCACAGGUGGAUCCUGAUGUUUUUGCUGCCCUUCCUUCAGAAUUGCAGGAGGAACUUAAACAAGCAUAUGACCAAAGGCAAAAUCAUGUAGAGAACAUAUUACAGCAAACAAGUGCCACUGCAUCAAAGAAUCCAGUUAUAAAAAGUAAGAAAAGAACUAGAAAGAAAAUCCAGGUCAGCCCAGUAAAAAAGAACCUUAGUCCUUUCAAAAACAAGUGUUUGGGUAACCCUGCAAAAAAUAUGGUUGUUUCUGUUGGAAGUCCUCAGAAAUUAAUAGAUAACUUCUUGAAACAGGAAAAAGCAAUCAGUGACAAUCCUCAGAUGGAAGAAGUACAAGCUAUUACAAAUCCUUCCAGUCCAUCUAUUUCACAGCCAUUAUCGUCUACCACAAUUUGGCCUCAAGCACCUAAUCUAGCAGGAGCUAUUGAGUUUAACGAUGUAAAGGCCUUGCUUAAGGAAUGGAUUACAACUAUAUCAGAUCCCAUGGAGGAAGACAUUUUGCAAGUUGUGAAGUAUUGUACUGAUCUGAUAGAAGAAAAGGAUUUAGAAAAGCUGGAUCUAGUCAUAAAGUACAUGAAAAGGCUAAUGCAGCAGUCCAUAGAAUCAGUAUGGAACAUGGCAUUUGAUUUCAUUCUUGACAAUGUUCAAGUUGUUCUGCAACAAACUUAUGGAAGCACAUUAAAAAUUAUCUGAUCUUGUAGAAAGGGAAAUGGCAAGAGCCUGGAGCUCUCUGAUAGCUGUACCAUAAGUGCUUGUGAGGUAUUUGCAAAGUGCAUGACAUUAAGCUAAGUUUUUAUAAGUUGAUUUUUUUUAAAGGAGAAGGUGUUUUGUACAUUUUCUUUCAGCAAAGUGCCAAAAUUUGUCAGUAUUGCAUGUAAAUAAUUGUGUUUAAAUUCUUUUAUUGUAGUAUAGAAUCGAUUUACAAAAUGUUUGUUUAUAAAAGUUUUAUGGAUUUUUACAGUGAAGUGUUUACAAUUGUUUAAUAAAGAAUUGUAUGUAAUUUG